CUCACUUCCCCCCUCGCUCGCCGCCGACUCUCGGCUGAGGACACGCACCGUGUAGCAGCGGUGAUUGCCGUAGCGCGCUCCUCCCCUGAGCUCGGGCGGCCUCCAAGGUGGCCGCCGAGCCUGCGGGCCGACCUGGAGGCCCUGUCCCUCCAGCUCGAGGCCCACUCCGCGCGCAUGCUGGCCGCGUCGCCCGGGGUGCUCGCGGACCUGGAGGCCAUGCUCCUUCCGAGGUUUCCGUCUGCCCGCCUCGGCCUGUACGGCUCCGUGCCGGAGGGCACCGCGGGGCUGCACGGCGACUACGACGCCACGCUCGAGCUCGGGCCCGGCGACCUCGAGAGGUGGAGACAGGCCGGGAGCAGCACGGCCCAGGACGGCACCGCGGGCGACCCGGUCCCCCGCGCCGUGCAGAGCGCCGCCCUGCGGGACCUCUCGGGCCUGGCCCAGGCCUCGAGCACCUGGGCGCUGCGACGACUCGCCCUGGACGCCCGGGUGCCCUCGGCCACCCUGGCGCACCGGUCGGCGGGCCUCCGGGUCGACCUGACCAUCGGCAGGGCCGCCUGCGUCCAGCAGAGCAGGGACCUCGGGCGGCGGAUGCCGCCGCGGGCCCGGCGGCUCGUGCAGGUCGUGAAGUACUGGGCCCGCCGGCGGCGGCUCUACGGCAGAGCGCACGGGCGCCUGUCUGGCUUCGCGUUCACGCUGCUGGCCGUGUUCUUCUGCCAGGUGAGCGACGCAUUCCAAGAGCUCUCGGGCGGGCUGGCAGGCUUCUUCGCGUUCUAUGCCAGCGACUUCGACUGGGCCCACGAGUGCGUGUCGGUGGCCGCCGGGAGGCGGACGGCCAAGUCCACGCCAUGGCUGCGCAGGGUGCCGCACCUCUCGAUCGAGGACCCCUUUGACCGCUGGACUGACAUCUGCGUUCCUCACCUCACCGAGGCAGAGUGCUCGCGCCUGCAGGAGGAGUUCCGCCGUGCCCACCGCAUGAUGCAUCAGACGAGCGGCGUAAGUCUCGCGGAUAUUCUCUCGGAGGCAAUGGAGGAAAGCUUGCUGGUCCUGGUCUGACCCCCCCUCGUCAUCCUUCUCCUCGCCCUUCCUCCGUUCCCCAUGCCCCCUUCUGCUAUUUUGCGUUGCCUCC